AUGGUGUUGAUUCUAGGCAGACGGAUGAACAGGGAAGACACUGGCAUCAGGGACUCACCGGCUGUGAAACGCAAGGUGUUUGAAGUUGACUCCAAGACUUUAGCCAGCCAGGAAGUGUUGGACUUCUGCUCAGGCUCCUCCCACUCCGAAGGCAUCCUUCAAGUGUUCAAUGAGUUCCGCGAUUGCCGCCUGUUCACGGACGUGGUCAUCAGCGUCCAGGGUCGCGAGUUCCCCUGCCACAGGGCCGUGCUGUCUGCGUGCUCUUCCUAUUUCAGAGCUAUGUUCUGCAACGAUCACCGCGAAAGCCGCGAGAUGUUAGUGGAGAUCAACGGCAUUCUAGCCGAAGCCAUGGAAUCCUUCCUCGCGUACGUUUACACCGGCCGCGCCAAGAUCACCACAGAGAACGUCCAGUUCCUCUUCGAGACCUCUAGUCUAUUUCAAAUUGCCACGUUACGCGACGCCUGCGCAAAGUUUCUGGAGGACCAGCUGGACCCGUGCAACUGCUUGGGCAUCCAGCGCUUCGCCGAUGCUCACUCGCUCAAGCAGCUCGCCAGUCGCUGCCGCAGUUAUGCUUUGGCUAAUUUCUCAGAGGUUGCUCAACAUGAGGAGUUCCUCGACCUUCGUAGGGAAGAGCUGGAAGAGUACAUCGACAGCGACGAGCUGUCCAUCGGGAAAGAGGAGGUUGUGUUCGAGGCGGUGAUGCGCUGGGUGUACUACGGCGUGGAGCAACGAAAACCCUUGCUGAAGGCCCUGCUGCACCACGUGCGCCUGCCGCUUCUUCACCCUAACUACUUCGUCCAGACAGUGGAGGGAGAUCAGCUCAUUCAGAAUGCACCAGAGUGCUAUCAUCUCCUCCACGAGGCCAGGCGCUACCAUGUACUUGGAAAUGAGAUGAUGUCACCAAGAACCCGGCCACGCAGGUCGACUGGCUACUCUGAGGUGAUUGUGGUUGUGGGUGGUUGCGAGAGAGUCGGUGGCUUCAACUUGCCCUACACAGAGUGCUAUGACCCAGUGACCGGAGAGUGGAAGUCACUGGCCAAACUGCCCGAGUUCACAAAGUCAGAGUAUGCAGUGUGUGCCCUCCGCAAUGACAUUCUGGUGUCAGGUGGUCGCAUCAACAGCAGGGACGUGUGGAUGUAUAACUCACAGCUCAACUUGUGGAUCAGAGUGGCUUCAUUGAAUAAAGGUCGAUGGAGGCACAAGAUGGGUGUCCUGCUAGGCAAGGUCUACGCUGUGGGUGGCUACGAUGGGCAGAGCCGCCUGAGCAGCGUGGAGUGUUACGACUCCUUCUCUAACCGCUGGACAGAGGUGGCGCCCUUGAAGGAGGCGGUCAGCUCUCCGGCCGUGGCCAGCUGUGCUGGCAAACUCUUUGUCAUAGGAGGAGGCCCUGACGAUAAUACCUGUUCAGACAAGGUCCAGUGCUACGAUCCAGAGUCAGACACUUGGUUACUCCGUGCCAAUAUCCCCAUCGCCAAGCGCUGCAUCACCGCCGUGUCGCUCAACAACCUCGUUUACGUGUGCGGCGGUCUCACCAGGUCGGUAUUCUGCUACGACCCUGUGGAGGACUACUGGAUGCAUGUGGUGCACACGUUUGCAAAACAGGAGAGCUGCGGUAUGUCAGUGUGCAACGGUAAGAUCUUCAUCCUGGGCGGCCGGGGCGAAAACGGCGAAGCCACGGAUACCAUCAUGUGUUACGACCCGGCGACGGGCAUCAUCACAGGCGUGGCCGCUAUGCCGCGUUGCAUCUCCUACCACGGCUGCGUGACCAUACAUCGCUUCAAUGACAAGUACCACAGGCCGUGA